AUGGCUUCGGCUGCCGGUACGCGCGUGUUAGUGGUGUCUUGUGGCAUUGCACCGCGUUCUCGGUCGCGGAUGUGCAUGCUCCGUUUCGUGAGAGAGAGAAGGACGAGAUUUGCGAUUUGCGGUUAGAAGACAUAACGUUGGACAGCAGACGGACGAACGGAAAGCGUGGGACGCGGAAUAAGUGCGAACCAGAGCAGUCAUGCGGCGGAAUGUCAAGAUCGCGUUGCUUCUGUCAUGCGCGUGGAUGUUCGCUUUUGUUUACUAUUACCACACGUCCAGGGACACCAAGCAGAACGAAAACAGAGCCUUACGGUUAAAAGAACCUGCGUCCCUGGCGCUUUCUGCCAGCGGAAAUUCUGGCGGCUAUAUGGAUCCAGACGGCACGGCCAUUGUAAUGUCAUCCGAGCUCUUGCCAGCGCCGACCCCGGAUCCGAGAGUGACGUGGAAUUACUUUGACGAACAGGGGUACGUUUCAAGAGGUGGUCUACGUGCAGGCGAAGACCCAUACGCGAGGAAUAAAUUCAAUCAGGAAGCCUCCGAUGGUCUUCCAAGCAAUCGUGACAUACCUGAUACUCGUAGCGCCAUGUGUAGGAUGAAACAAUGGAGACAGGAUCUACCACCGACUUCCGUUAUAAUUACUUUUCACAAUGAGGCACGAUCUACAUUACUCAGAACUGUCGUCAGUGUAUUAAACAGAAGUCCUGAACACCUAAUCAAGGAAAUCAUUUUGGUAGAUGAUUUUAGUGACCAUCCCGAGGAUGGCGAAGAAUUAUCACGAAUCCACAAAGUUCGUGUGAUCAGAAAUGAGAAGAGAGAAGGUCUGAUGAGAUCGCGUGUUCGCGGUGCGGAUGCCGCUACUGCAAAUGUAUUAACGUUUCUGGAUUCGCAUUGUGAAUGCAACGCUGAUUGGCUCGAACCACUCUUGGAAAGAGUAGCUGAAGAUCCAACGAGAGUAGUAUGUCCCGUGAUUGAUGUAAUUAGUAUGGAUACUUUCCAAUAUAUCGGAGCUUCCGCCGAUCUUAGGGGUGGUUUCGAUUGGAGUUUAGUCUUUAAGUGGGAAUAUCUCAGCCAGGCAGAACGACAGGCAAGACAAAAGGAUCCGACGCAAGCCAUUAGGACCCCUAUGAUUGCCGGCGGACUGUUUGUCAUCAACAAGGCGUACUUCGAGAAACUCGGCAAAUACGAUACACAGAUGGACGUUUGGGGCGGCGAAAAUCUCGAAAUAUCGUUUCGCGUGUGGCAAUGCGGUGGCAGCUUGGAGAUUAUCCCGUGCUCACGUGUGGGCCAUGUAUUUCGUAAACGUCAUCCUUACUCGUUUCCCGGAGGUAGCGGAAACGUGUUCGCUCGAAACACGAGACGCGCCGCCGAAGUAUGGAUGGACGACUACAAGCAGUUCUACUACAACGCCGUACCGUUAGCACGAAACAUCCCUUAUGGAAACAUUCAAGAUAGGAUGGAGCUAAAACGGAGACUGCAUUGCAAACCUUUUAGUUGGUAUUUGAAGAACGUAUAUCCUGAAUUAGUUAUACCUACAAGUGAAGGUGGUCCAGGAGGAUCUUUGAAGCAAGGCACAGCUUGUUUGGACAGCAUGGGCCAUCUUCUUGACGGAAACGUCGGUCUCUAUCCUUGUCAUGACACUGGUGGUAAUCAGGAAUGGGGCCUCACGAAGGAUGGCCUGAUCAAACAUCAUGAUCUCUGCCUAACUCUACCGGUGUACGCCAAGGGCACGACACUGUUGAUGCAGAUCUGCGAUGGUAGCGAGAAUCAAAAGUGGCGACACUUGGAGGGCGGUCUGAUACGGCACACCAGAAUCCCCGUAUGUGUAGACUCGCGAUAUCACGCGCAACGCGGCAUUACGGCGGAGAAGUGCGACUCGAGCGCAGAGACGCAGAGGUGGCAUCUCUACAAUCACAAUCACUAGCUGAUAUGGUUGCGGUGAACACGUCAUUCACUCGCGGACUCUCUCUUAUCGCUGCAUGCCACGACGUGAUCACCGUAUAACGAGACCGAACGUGUCAGAGGUGCGUUACUUAAUUAGAAACUGGCUGCCUGCGCGCGACCGGAUCGAUCGAAUCCAUGGGUGGGUUACUUAUCCAUCGUAAACCAGCAUAUUUUUGUGACCGUAAUUGUAGCUCUUUAUGGUCUCUUAUACGGUAUCGAUGAAGAACCCCAUCUUGUACCACAUUGACUUGCUAGUUUGCGAGUUUUCAAUGUUGCUUGUUCUUGACUCGGUAUAUUUGAAUAGAAGACUUCUAAGAUAUUCCUCUUUAAUAACGUUACGAAAAAUGGUAAAUGCAAUUAAGAUAAAACAGAAUAAUUUCGCAAAAGAAAGUGAAAAAAAGACUUUAAGACUGCUUGGUAUUUAAUUAAUAAAUUUCAGUUUUUAUAUCCAUGAGAAUUCCAUCGCUUCCGAUCGUUUUCUUAGGAACUAAGAAAAUACUAGACCAUCCUACUUUUUCUAUGACAAAAGAUUAACCUGAUAGGUUGACGUCUCGCAAUCGAUGUGAUAAGUAUAAAAUUAUUUAUAAAAAUAUAAUAUGAAAAGUGUGGAAACGUAUGUACAAGCAGUGAUGCAAAUUGUAUAUUGAGUCGAUACUCCACUCCGAAGCAUGCUAGUUGCAACCAUUCAAGUAUCGAAUUUACAAAUUACGAUACUUCAUAUGUAUCGCGAUUGAUUUAGAGCAAAAAUCAUAUUGUUAACAUAAGCUAAUCUUAAUACUUAAUACUUAAUACUUUUAGCCUCGAAGAGAACUAUAGGACACAAAAA